UAUCUGACGUUUACGUCGUUCCCCGAACCACGCACGUCGCACGCUCGUGCGUACAUCCUGACGUCGUGCGAUCGUCGUGUCGAAUGGAGUCGCGGAUAUAUUUCGCUCGUGUGACAGGUUUCCGUCGAGCAUCGCGCAGUUGAACGGAUUCUGCUCACGACGUGAUCUCGCUCGUCGUCAUCUCCCUGUCGCGUCACUCGCGCCUCUCGUAUACGUCCUGUUUCAGGAUCCUUGGCACGGAGCCUGAAACACGAAUUUCCAGAAGUGUCGUUCGACGUUGACCGCCAAAAAAAAAUUCGCGCUUAAAAAGCUUCACGAAGGAAGUCAUUCGGUCCUUUCUUUUUCUCCUCGACCAAGAAUGGCAUCCCGUAAGAAAGUGUUAUUAAAAGUCAUUAUCCUUGGGGAUUCAGGAGUUGGAAAAACUUCUUUGAUGAAUCAAUAUGUCAAUAAGAAGUUUAGUAAUCAAUAUAAAGCGACAAUAGGAGCAGAUUUUUUGACUAAGGAAGUAAUGGUGGAAGAUAGAAUAGUCACUAUGCAGAUCUGGGAUACUGCUGGACAAGAAAGAUUUCAAUCAUUAGGAGUAGCCUUCUACAGAGGCGCUGAUUGUUGUGUGCUUGUAUUUGAUGUAUCUGCUCCAACUAGUUUCAAAUCUCUAGAUUCAUGGAGAGAUGAAUUUUUAAUUCAAGCUUCUCCUCGGGAUCCAGAUAAUUUUCCGUUUGUUGUACUCGGGAAUAAAGUAGAUCUUGAAUCAAGAGCAGUAUCAAGCAAGAGAGCACAACAGUGGUGUCAAUCAAAAAAUAAUAUUCCAUACUUUGAAACUAGUGCAAAAGAGGCUAUUAAUGUCGAGCAGGCUUUCCAAACGAUAGCUAAGAAUGCUUUAGCUCAAGAAAGUGAAGUUGAACUUUACAAUGAAUUUCCUGAUCAAAUCAAAUUGAGCAAUGACCAAAGAAGCAAUGGCAGAGGUGAUUCGUGUGCUUGCUAGGUCUUGGUAUGGUGGUAAUAUCUCUUGGAUGACUAAUAAAGAUGCACAGGUCAGAUUUUACAUUUACAUCACCUGCGCAUGAAGAAUGCGGAGAAUAUAUUGCGAUGAGCUUUAUGUGUGCAGGAAGCCCCAAGUAUAUUUCUUUAUUUCAAUCUGUUAUACAAUCUUCCUCUAUCCGCAAAAUGUUUCAAUAUUCUCAAAAUACUUUUGUUGAAACAAUCAUUCAAGCACGGUAAAAAGUAACGAAUUAAAUCCAUACGUAACGGGAUGUGUACAAACUAUCGAUAUAUACAUAUAUGUAUAAAAUUGUUUUUGUAAUUGUAUAUGGGAAUAAGAUAUAUUUAUCUGAUUUCCUAACCUAAAAAAUAUCGCAAUUUGAAUCAUGUACUCCCGUUGAACUUAUCGUAAUAUGUAGAUCCUCUAUGUUAUCCUUUAAAUUUAUUAUAUAUAUUUA